UUACAGACAUAGAGCUAAAGCGACUGAAAGAUGCUUUCAAGAGAACUUGUGGACUCUCGUAUUAUAUGACUCAACAGUGCUUCAUCAGGGAAGUUCUCGGUGAUGGAGUUCCUCCAAAAGUUGCUGAGGUUAUCUACUGUUCAUUUGGAGGAAUAUCCAAAGGGCUGCACUUCAAUAACUUGAUAGUUGGAUUAGUUCUACUUACAAGAGGCAGGGAGGAAGAGAAAGCAAAAUACAUUUUCAGCCUCUUUUCUAACGAAUCUGGGAGUUAUGUUGUCCGUGAAGAGAUGGAGAAGAUGCUGCAUGUGGUUGAUGGGAAAGUCCCAGAGUCGCUCAAGAAAUGUUUCUCUGAGGGUGAAAAGGUAAACUAUGAGAAGUUCAGGGUUUGGCUAUUGCACAACAAAGAUGCUUUCACGUUUUCCCGCUGGCUGCUGUCUGGAGGUGUGUAUGUGACACUCACAGAUGACAGUGACACCCCUACCUUCUAUCAAACCCUGGCUGGAGUCACACACUUGGAAGAAUCUGACAUCAUCGAUCUUGAAAAACGAUACUGGCUGCUAAAAGCUCAAUCAAGAACUGGACGUUUUGAUUUAGAAACAUUUGCCCCCUUAGUUUCCCCUCCUAUUCAUCCAUCUCUGAGUGAAGGUUUAUUUAAUGCUUUUGAUGAAAACCGAGACAAUCACAUAGAUUUUAAAGAAAUUUCCUGUGGGCUCUCAGCAUGUUGCAGGGGACCCUUGGCAGAAAGACAGAAGUUUUGCUUCAAGGUUUUUGACAUUGACCGAGAUGGUGUGUUGUCUCGCACUGAACUUAAAGAAAUGGUGGUUGCACUUUUAGAGGUCUGGAAAGAUAACCGUACUGAUAAAAUACCUGAGUUGGACAUGGAUUUGUCUGAAAUCGUAGAAGAUAUUUUGAAUAUGCAUGAUAACACAAAGCUUGAACACCUCACUCUGGAGGACUACCAGAUAUGGAGUGUGAAGAGUGCACUUGCCAAUGAAUUUUUAAAUCUACUUUUUCAGGUGUGUCAUAUAGUUUUGGGGCUACGACCUGCCACUCCAGAGGAGGAAGGGCAGAUUAUUAGGGGCUGGUUAGAAAGAGAAAGCAGGUACGGCCUUCAGCCAGGGCACAACUGGUUUCUUAUUGCAAUGCCAUGGUGGCACCAGUGGAAAGAAUAUGUCAAAUACGAUGCAAACCCUGUUGUGAUAGAGCCUUCAUCUGUCUUGAGUGGAGGUAAGAAUUCACUCGUAGCUGCUCCAGCCAAUGCUUCAGAACAGGGAGAAGACAAAAUGGGAGGUCUUAAUUACUUCAGUGCAACAGAAGAAAAGUGUUCAGAUAAUAUUUCUACUGCAUCAGAAGCCUCAGAGACUACUAGCAGCAAUAAUCUUCACCCUGGCACACCAGGGACUGAUUUUGCUAGGCAGCAUAAUACUUCGGACAAUAAUAACCAGUGUUUCCUUGGAACCAAUGGGAAUAAUUUGCUACAGCUGAAUCCUCAGAAACCAGGAGCUAUUGAUAACCAACCCCUAGUAACACAAGAACCAGUGAAGGCUGCAUCGUUAACAAUGGAGGGUGGAAGAUUAAAACGAUCUCCACAAUUGAUUGAAGGAAAGGACUACAUAAUGGUACCAGAACCAGUUUGGAGAGCACUUUACCAUUGGUAUGGAGCAAAUCUGUCCUUGCCCAGGCCGGUGAUCAAAAACAGCAAAACAAAUGUACCUGAACUCGAGCUGUUUCCUCGCUAUCUGCUCUUCCUGAGACAGCAGCCUGCCACUCGAACACAGCAGUCAAACAUCUGGGUGAAUAUGGGUAAUGUACCUUCACCGAAUGCUCCUUUAAAGAGAGUGUUGGCUUACACCGGCUGCUUUAGUCGAAUGCAGACGAUUAAAGAGAUACACGAGUAUCUCUCCCAGAGGUUACGUAUAAAGGAAGAAGAUAUGCGCCUCUGGUUAUACAACAGUGAGAACUAUCUUACUUUGCUGGAUGAUGAAGAUCACAGACUGGAGUAUCUUAAAAUUCAAGAUGAGCAGCAUUUAGUAAUAGAAGUUCGAAACAAAGACAUGAGCUGGCCAGAAGAGAUGUCUUUUAUAGCAAACAGCAGUAAAAUAGACAGACAUAAAGUUCCUACUGAAAAGGGUGCUACUGGAUUAAGCAAUCUGGGUAACACUUGCUUCAUGAACUCCAGUAUCCAGUGUGUCAGUAACACGCAACCUCUAACACGAUAUUUCAUCUCAGGAAGACAUCUUUAUGAACUUAACAGGACAAAUCCAAUAGGAAUGAAAGGACACAUGGCCAAGUGCUAUGGGGAUUUGGUUCAGGAGCUGUGGAGUGGAACUCAGAAGAAUAUAGCACCAUUAAAGCUGCGGUGGACAAUAGCAAAAUAUGCUCCAAGAUUUAAUGGCUUUCAACAGCAAGACUCACAGGAGCUUUUGGCUUUUCUUUUGGAUGGUCUUCAUGAGGAUUUGAACAGAGUUCAUGAUAAGCCGUAUGUUGAACUGAAAGACAGUGAUGGUCGACCAGACUGGGAAGUAGCAGCAGAGGCCUGGGAAAACCAUCUGAGAAGAAACAGAUCUAUUGUUGUAGAUUUAUUUCAUGGGCAGCUGAAGUCACAAGUAAAAUGUAAAACUUGUGGACAUAUAAGUGUUAGAUUUGACCCUUUUAAUUUUUUAUCUUUGCCUUUGCCAAUGGAUAGCUACAUGCACUUAGAAAUUACAGUAAUUAAAUUAGAUGGUACUACUCCUGUUCGAUAUGGCCUGAGAUUAAACAUGGAUGAAAAGUAUACAGGUUUGAAAAAGCAGUUAAGUGAACUCUGUGGGCUAAAACCAGAACAGAUUCUACUUGCAGAGGUGCAUAGCUCCAAUAUAAAGAACUUUCCUCAAGACAACCAGAAAGUCCGGUUAUCAGUGAGUGGGUUUUUGUGUGCAUUUGAAAUACCAAUUCCAGGAUCGCCUACAUCAGCAUCAAGUCCUGUGCAGACAGAUGUCUCAACUGGACCCUCAGCUAAUGGAGCACCCAACAUAAUGAUGAAUGGGGACAUUCCUAAACCAACACUAAUUCCAAAUGGAAUGCCAAAUACUGUAGUGCCAUGUGGAACCGAGCGCAACCUUGCCAACUGGACUCUCAAUGGUCACGUGCCCGUGCUUUCUGAUAGUCCAUGUACAGGGUAUAUCAUUGCAGUCCACAGAAAAAUGAUGCGGACAGAAUUAUAUUUUCUUUCAUCUCAGAAGAAUCGUCCCAGUCUCUUUGGAAUGCCACUAAUUGUUCCUUGUACAGUUCAUACACGGAAGAGAGACCUCUAUGAUGCCGUGUGGAUUCAGGUUUCCAGGCUUGCCAGCCCUCUCCCGCCUCAGGAAGCCAGUAAUCAUGCACAAGACUGUGAUGAUAGCAUGGGGUACCAGUACCCAUUCACCCUAAGGGUAGUUCAGAAGGAUGGAAAUUCUUGUGCUUGGUGUCCUUGGUACAGAUUUUGCCGUGGCUGUAAAAUUGAGUGCACAGAAGAUAGAGCUUGUGUUGGGAAUGCUUAUAUUGCUGUAGACUGGGAUCCAACAGCUCUCCAUCUGCGCUACCAGACGUCGCAAGAACGGAUUGUAGAAGAACAUGAAAGUGUUGAACAAAGUCGACGAGCUCAAGCAGAGCCUAUCAAUCUGGAUAGCUGUCUUAGAGCCUUCACCAGUGAGGAAGAACUGGGGGAGGAUGAGAUGUACUACUGUUCCAAAUGCAAGACCCAUUGUUUGGCCACCAAAAAACUGGACCUUUGGAGACUUCCCCCUAUUUUGAUCAUUCACCUGAAAAGAUUUCAGUUCGUAAAUGGCCGCUGGAUAAAGUCUCAGAAAAUUGUUAAAUUUCCCAGAGAAAGCUUUGACCCAAGUGCCUUUUUGGUACAAAGGGAUCCAAGUCAUUUUCAAAGGAAGCAGCUAACACUCCAGGUUGACCUGGAACCACGGACUCUCCAGGGGGAGGCCAAGAAAACAGAUCUGCAGAUCACUUACACACCGGGAGAAGGAGAUGUACUGAACAGAAGUCCAUCCUCCCUUAACACUACUGUCUUGAAUAAUAUCAAAGCAUCUCCAUCCUUGGGGAGGAAAAGUGGAACCAGCUGUCCUUCAAGUAAAAACAGUAGCCCAAAUAGUAGCCCAAGGACUUUAGGAAGGGGUAAAGGGCGUCUGCGGCUGCCACAACUGGGCAAAAACAAACUGUCAAGUAGCAAAGAAAAUCUGGAUGCAAGUAAAGAGAACGGUACUGACCAGGAACAGAGAUUUACUUCCGAUCAAGGUGAUGCUCUUACUAGAGGGCGUAUUUUGAGUGGUAGCCAGAGUGAACUCUAUACUGCUCAGGACAAUGAGAUGACUCUAGCCAACGGAUACAUCUGUGAGCAGAAUGCGUAUAGUAAUGGCAGCAUCAAUGGUCAAAUUGAUAACCACAGCGAGGAUGAUAUUACAGAUGACCAAAGAGAAGAAGUAUGUGUUAACCCUAUUUACAAUCUAUAUGCAAUUUCGUGCCAUUCAGGAAUUAUGGGAGGGGGUCACUAUGUCACGUAUGCCAAAAACCCGAACAACAAGUGGUACUGCUACAAUGACAGUAGCUGUAAGGAAUUGCAUCCCGAUGAAAUCGACACUGACUCUGCCUACAUUCUUUUCUAUGAGCAGCAGGGGGUAGACUAUGCACAAUUUCUGCCAAAGAUAGACGGCAAAAAGAUGGCAGACACGAGCAGCAUGGACGAAGAUUUUGAGUCCGAUUAUAAGAAGUACUGUGUUUUACAGUAAGCAGGUGAUCUCCCAUGGACUGUGCCGAGAACGUGAGGGAAAACAUCCUGAAACUUACAUUUGGUGGAAAUGUUGUUGAACCAGAUAACGUAAGUGUAGUUAUUGUACCCCGUGACCUGAAAGCACAAGAAGAAAACCCUAAUUAAAUAGCAGUUAAUAUAAAGAUAGUAUUGUUUUGUUCUGUUAUCUCACUACAUGCUCUAAACAUUUCUGAUGUUAGACAUCAGGCUGAGACUGCCAUUGGCCUUUAAGUAAAAUGGUUUGAGAAAAGCCAACUAGGACCAAAUAAGAGCUAAAUUAAACAGUCCAAAUAAGAGCUAAACAAAGUAGUGUAGAGUUUACCAACUGUUCUAACAAACCCCCAAGGCUCUCUUUAGGUUUAAGAUAAUGGGGAAAAAAAUAGUAGUGUUGUCUUUGGACAACAUGAUAUUGCUACCUCCUUUUUCCUGCAGUUUUAUUGCAUUUUAUUGGCAAAACAGGGAAAGCAAGAGAAUGAAAAGUGCACAAACGUGAAGGAUUAUCAUCAAGAGUAAGAGAAGUUUCCAGUUUUGCCGCCACUAAUGUGUGUCAGUUGCUUGCUUUCUGUAUGUUGGGAGCACAACCAAAUCGUAAUUUGAGAAGAGAUUAGUUUCUACACUUGAAUGGUUUAUUAUAAUUGU